CAAUAUUCGAUUAUCAACUUUGAUAAUCGAUUGUUUGGUCCCUCUGAAUUCUCGUCGUCUAGGCCAUACAACCUAAUAAUCGAUUAUCACACUUGUGUCAAUCGACUAUCCGGCAUCCCAGAAGUUCCUUCGUUUUGCAGCAUCACUACAUAAUCGAUUGUCAAAUCCCAUAAUCGAUUAUUGCGUGUCCCAGAACUCCCAAUCUAAGGCUGCAUCACUCCUUAAUUCCUCCUCAAAAUAGUAACUCGUUAAGACCCUGGGUCUCGGGUAUAACAACGAGGGUCUCCCGUCAAGAAGAGGAAGCUGAAAGCCAACCUAGGGGACCGGUGGCUAACCGGCUGACCGUCCCAAAUGAUCGCAUCCAGUAGAUGGAGGCAAAACUGGAGAGGCUGGAGAAAAGAGUAGGGGAAAAGAAUGACCGGGACAAACCCCUCGCUGGGUCCCCGUUCACUACAAGGGUUCAUCUGACACCUUUCCCGCGAAAGGUCAAGAGAGCUGCCCCAAGAUUCACCGGGAAGGAAGACCCAGAAAUCCAUCUGGACUCCUUAACCAGAGUGCAACCAUGAACGGUUGCACAGAUGAAGAAAAGUGCCUCCUUUUCUUCCAAACCUCGCGGAACCGGGAUACUGAAUGGUUCAACAAGCUUCGUCCUGGAAGCAUUGAUUCAUUCAGUGACUUGGCCUCAAAAUUCAAGGCCAAGUUCCAGGAGAAUUGUACUAAGAGUAAGAAAUUCACCUUUCUUAGUACAGCCGGGCAGAGGGAAUCCGAGAACCUCACUCAAUUCCUUACCCGGUGGAAGGAAGAGGUAGACAAGGUAGAAGAGAUGGACAACAAGACGGUGUUGUCCCUUAUCUUGAAUGGCCUACGUGCCGGGGAACUAUACAAGGAGUUCUGCCGAAAGCCCCCGGCCAUGUAUCAAGAAGCCUAUCACACUGCAUGGGAGUUUGCUGAGGCUGAAACCCAACUCCGGGCAAAGAAAGAGGCUGAACACGAAUUCAAGCCCAAGUCGGUGCAGAUCAAGAAGGAAGAAGCACCGGGACCUAGCCGCCCAAGGCACCUUUAUGACCCGGUCAUUCGCAUGGUCAACAUAGAAGAGUGCCUGGAAAUCAGAAAAGCACCGGUCAUUCCUCCGGAAAACCCUACCGGUCAAACAGGACGGCAAUGGUCACGCACCUAUUGUUCAUACCAUAGGUCAGAUUCCCAUAACAUUGCUGAAUGCAAGAGUGUUAAGGGAGUCAUCCGACAAAUGAUAGACAGCGGGGAGCUGGGCAAAGAUUAUUUGCAGAAAGCCCAGGAGAAAAGCCACCAAUGGAUUAGGCCAGCAGCCCAGGGGAAUAACUGGGACAAUGACCGGCAGAGGAACAACCGGAAAAGGGAGCAGCAACCUGCUCCUGAGAAAGAGCAUAUUGGCAUGAUCUUCGGCGGACCCGAAGGUGGAGGUUCAGCCGCGCAACGGAAAAAUUGGGUCCACAGCAUUUACGUUGGUGAAGUAAGUGCUGAACCGGCCAGGCGUAAGCAGACCUGGAGGGAGCCAAUCGUCUUCACUGACCGGGACCUCCCACCUACCGGAGAAGAUCACAAUGAUCCUUUGGUCAUCACCACGGACAUUAAUGGGGUGGAUGUCGCCCGAGUACUUAUUGACACCGGUAGCAGUGUCAACAUCUUGUACCUGGAAACUUUCCAAAAACUCAGGUUGUGUCGGACACAACUUGAACCCCUCAAAACCCCUCUCUCAGGUUUCACGGGAGAUACAGUGGAAGCUGAAAGAUCCAUAGUUCUACCGGUCGAACUAGGAUCGGGUGAAAAAACCGUAUGGAGGAAGAUGCGGUUCAUUGUUGUGGACAUCAAAUGCGUCCAUAACGCAAUCCUUGGAAGACCGGGCAUCAAUAAAGUCGGGGCGGUGAUUUCCAUGCCUCACCUAUGCAUGAAGUUUCACACUCCAUGCGGUGUCGGUGAGGUAAAAGGCGACCAGAGGAACGCCCGGGAGUGCUAUGCCCGGGCAGUCAAAAAGAUGACCAAGGGGGUCAAUGUCAUCUCCCAAGAAAUCACAAAGGGAGAGACCCGAGAGAAACUUGAGCCCGAGGCCGAGACGGUGGAGAUCGAACUUCACCCGGGUGAUUCUUCAAGGAUGGUCAGAAUUGGAGCAAAUCUCCCAGAAGAUCUCAAGGCGGAGAUUACACGGGUCCUCCAAGAGUACGCGGGCAUAUUUGCGUGGAGCAUGACAGAUAUGCCUGGAAUUAACCGCUCAAUCAUCUGCCACCGGCUGGCGGUGAGGGAUGGAAGUCGACCGGUACGCCAGAAGAAAAGGUACCUAGCCAGUGACCGGCGAGACUUUGUCCGAAAGGAGGCCCUUGCAGAUUUCCUGGUGGAAAUCACUGGUCUAACUCCAGACCUACCGGUCAACAAGCCCACGGAGCAAUGGUGGGAGAUGGCAGUAGACGGGGCAUCUGGUCCUAGAGGAUACGGGGGUGCUAUAGUGUUUACCACCCCAGAAGGGUUAAAGAUCUACCAUGCACUCGUCUCAAACUUCAAACUGAUGAACAAUGAGGCAGAAUAUGAAGCUCUGGCUGGAGGGCUCAGACUUGCUCAAGCACUCACAAUUAACCGGGUCAGACGAAUGGCGCAAUACAAGGACCUGGUGCUUGCCUUGUUGAAAGGCUUCGAGGAAUUCAAGAUUGCACAAAUUCCCCGGGCAGAAAAUGCAGAUGAAGACCUUCUCUCCAAAUUGACGCAGUAUGCUCCCGAGCAUGUUUCAAAACUUACCCGGGUGGAAAUUCUCGAUCGUGCCAGCAUCGAGAAAUUGGAGGUCGCCACUAUAGCAGCAGGCGACCAAUCUGACCGGUCAAACACGGUCAGGGUAGGCGACCAUUGGAUGAGCGACCUUAUGAAAUAUUUGACAGACGGGAGCUUGCCAGAACAAGAUGACCGGGCAAGAAAAGUAAAGCUCAUGGCGCCCCGGUUCCAAGUCAUUGAUGGGAUGCUGUACAAAAGGGCAUUCGGGGGACCACUCCUGAGAUGUCUAACCAACCGGGAAGCUGAAAGAGUCAUUGCGGAAGUCCAUGAAGGGGACGGGAGGGUUCGAAUCGAGAAGUUCAACGGUACUGAUUUUGCAUGGUGGAAAAUGCAAAUAGAGGCGUUGCUUGGUGAGUGCGAUUUGGACAUGGUACUAGAAGAGAAACCGGAUGGAAUGGAUAAGGCUGCUGAAGCAAUUUGGGACUCAAAGGACAAAAAGGCAAGAGAGGCUGUGGCGGUUACAGUCACGACUGGGUUGGAGCUCGGUGGAGCUUCAACUGUCCUUUCAGUUACUUCCAAGUGGGCGAUGAAGUCCCGCGGAGAAGAAAGGCUAGUAGACCGGGAGAUGGAGGAAAGCUGGCUAAGAAUUGGGAAGGCCCAAACCGGGUGAGAGCUAUUAUUCACCCGGGAACCUACCGGUUAGAAACUUUAGAUGGUGUACCGGUAGAGAGAACUUGGAAUUCCCAUCAUCUUCGCAAGUUCUACAAAUGAUUGUAAUACUAGGCGAGGCCUAACUCCAUUAUCAAUCAAAUUGAUGUUCAAUA